AUGGCCGCCACCGCUACAGUCAAUGGACAGAACCUUCCCGACGGUCGUGUCAACGACCGUAUCGAGAACUACACCAAGUUCUGGCAGAAAGACAUGGGGAAGGAGGCCAAUGUUGAUACGGAAAACCGAAUCGACAGUUACACCGACGUCGUCAAUGGGUAUUACGACGGUGCCACCGAGCUCUAUGAGUAUGGAUGGGGUACCUCUUUCCAUUUCUCUCGCUUCUACAAGGGGGAGUCCUUCCACGCCUCGCUUGCUCGCCAUGAACAUUACCUUGCCCACAAAAUGGGCAUCAAGGCCGGCAUGCGUGUCCUUGACGUUGGCUGUGGUGUUGGUGGUCCAGCACGCGAGAUAGCGCAGUUCACGGAUGCUCAAGUCGUCGGCUUGAACAACAACGACUUCCAGAUCGGCCGCGCUCGCAAAUAUACUCAGAAGAUGGGCCUGCAAAACCAAGUCUCAUUUGUCAAGGGUGACUUCAUGAAGCUUGCUGAACAGUUUGGAGAGAACUCGUUUGACGCUGUGUACGCCAUUGAGGCCACCGUCCAUGCCCCUAGUUUCGAGGGGGUGUAUGAGCAAAUCAAGCGAAUCUUGAAGCCCGGAGGAGUUUUCGGUGUAUACGAAUGGGUUAUGACUGAGGAUUGGGACCCUUCCAUUCCGAAGCACAAGGAACUUGCCCACAGGAUUGAGUUCGGUAACGGUAUCCCCGAAAUGCGCAAGCUCAGUGUUGCACGCGAUGCCCUCAAGAACGUCGGUUUCGAGAUUGAGCACGAAGAGGACCUCGCUGCCCGUCCAGAUGAGGUUCCAUGGUACUACCCUCUCGAGGGUGAUAUAUGGAAGGCACAAACCGUUUGGGAUUACUUCACCGUUUGGAGAAUGAGCUGGAGUGGCAAGCUCGUUACACACAAUGCCAUGCGUGUAAUGGAACUCUUUGGUGUCAUCCCCAAAGGUACAUGCGACGUUGGCGAGGCUUUGAAGGUUGCCGGUGAUUCGUUGGUGGAAGGUGGUCAACAGAAGCUCUUCACACCAAUGUACCUCGUCGUCAGCCGGAAACCGUCAAAUUAG